CUCAGUGUCCAGGCUUCGACCAUGCUAAAAUGAGCGAAUCGCAACAGCUCUUACAUGGGCACAAUUCCGACAGCGACGAUGACGUUGCCUUCAGCCCCCAAGCGAGCCCGCGCCAUCUCUCGCCGUCCCCUGUCUCGUCGCGAGCGACCUCGACAUCCCCGGCACGCCUCGGCGAGCGACCGAACGGCAGCGGCUUCAAGCGCCAGUCGUCGUUCGCGCACGCUCGACCCGAUGGCACGCCGCGGACGCCCAACCGAGUGCACUUUGACGAGGACCCCGUGCGCCGGAGCAUGAACGGCAAUGCGCAGGGCGCGGAUUGGAUAGAGCUGGAGGGCGACGACUACAUGGACGCACGCGGAGACGACGGGCGGGAGAGAGUGCAGCGACUGCCUCUGCUCACCGGCAUUGAGGCGCCCAGCGUCACCGUCGCCGCCGGCAUCGACCCAGAAGACUACCUCGAGAGCGCGAAGCCGCGGAGUGGAAUGCGCAAUUCGUUCAUGAACAUGGCGAACAGCAUCAUCGGCGCCGGCAUCAUCGGCCAACCCUACGCCUUCAGGAACGCCGGCCUGCUCACGGGGACCGUCCUGCUCAUUGGACUCACCGUCAUCGUGGACUGGACCAUUCGCCUGAUCGUCAUCAACUCGAAGCUCAGCGGCACCGACUCGUUCCAGGCAACUGUGCAGCACUGCUUUGGGAAAACAGGGCUCAUUGCCAUCUCUGUGGCGCAGUGGCUCUUUGCUUUUGGCGGCAUGAUGGCGUUUUGCGUGAUUGUUGGCGACACCAUACCCCAGGUCAUGGACCACCUGUUUCCUGCUCUUGAAGACAUGUCCUUCCUCUGGCUGCUCACUAACAGGCGCGCCGUCAUGAUCUUGCUGAUUCUGGGCAUCUCGUAUCCACUGUCUCUCUACCGCGACAUCGCAAAGCUUGCCAAAGCCAGUGGUUUCGCCCUUGUCAGCAUGAUGGUCAUCAUCGUCACCGUCGUCACGCAAUCCUUCCGCGUCCCCGCCGAAUCAAAAGGCCAGCUGCGCGGCUCCAUCAUCAUCAACGACGGCAUCUUCGAAGCCAUCGGCGUCAUCUCCUUUGCCUUUGUAUGCCACCACAACUCGCUCCUGAUCUACGGCUCGCUGCGCAAACCCACCAUCGACCGCUUCUCGCGCGUCACGCACUACAGCACCAGCAUCUCACUCGUCGCAUGCCUCGUAAUGGCGCUCUCGGGCUACCUGACCUUCGGCGACAAAACGCUCGGCAACGUGCUCAACAACUUCCCCCAGGAUAACCUCAUGGUCAACAUCGCCCGCCUCUUCUUCGGCCUCAACAUGCUCACCACGCUGCCCCUCGAGGCCUUCGUCUGCCGCGAGGUCAUGAACGAGUACUACUUCCCCGACGAGCCCUACCAGCCCAACCGCCACCUCAUCUUCACAACGUCGCUGGUCGUCGCGGCGCUGACGCUGAGCCUUAUGACGUGCGACCUCGGCGUUGUGUUUGAGCUCUUUGGCGCUACGAGCGCGUGUGCACUCGCCUUUAUUCUGCCCCCGUUGUGCUUCAUCAAGUUGACCAAGAAGAGGACCGCGCAGACGUAUCUGGCCAUGGGCGUUGUGACGUUUGGGUGCACGGUGCUGGUCAUCAGCAUGAUUAAGACGACGACCAAGCUGGCGCUGGGAACGGGCGAGCCGGUGCAGUGCAGUUGAGCGGUGCAGUGCAGUUGAGCGGUGCAUUGUCGUGUUGUAUAAAAACUUGCAUGGGCGGUGUUUGGUGUCUGGUGUUUGUGAUUGGGCUGCGUAGACGGGGCAUUAUGUGUACGAUUCAUGUCAUAUGCAAAGAGAGUAGGAAUAUCAAUGUGUACAUUCAGCCCCCCGGGACAUGUAGGCGACUGCACGGUGAGCUAGGCGUGAUGUCGAGCUAGAGGAGUGUCGAGCCAGAGGAGGUGUCGAGCCAGAGGAGGUGUCAAGUCGCGACAUCCACACCACGUGCUGCCCGACCGACAGAGCGCCCAGCAAUUACGCUCCAACGCCC